AUCUGUCACGCCCCCAGAGAGUCACGUAGCUCUGCGGCAACUGCUGCCACCUUAUUUACUCCAGCUUGGACCGAGCUAAUCAGACGAAAAGUGAGCUGUGCUGUGGCUCCCGCUGCUGACUGGCUGAGUAUAGACAACUGUCAUCAUGCCCCACUCAUACCCAGCUCUUUCUGCUGAGCAGAAGAAGGAGUUGUCGGAUAUUGCUCUACGGAUCGUGGCCCCCGGCAAGGGCAUUCUGGCUGCAGAUGAGUCCGUAGGCAGCAUGGCCAAAAGGCUGAGCCAAAUUGGGGUGGAGAACACUGAGGAGAAUCGCCGGCUGUACCGCCAGGUCCUAUUCAGUGCUGAUGACCGUGUGAAAAAGUGCAUUGGGGGGGUUAUUUUCUUCCAUGAGACACUCUACCAGAAAGAUGACAAUGGUGUCCCGUUCGUCCGCACCAUCCAGGAUAAGGGCAUUCUUGUAGGCAUCAAGGUUGACAAGGGUGUAGUGCCUCUAGCUGGGACUGAUGGGGAAACCACCACUCAAGGGCUGGAUGGGCUCUUGGAACGCUGUGCUCAGUAUAAGAAGGACGGUGCAGAUUUUGCCAAAUGGCGCUGUGUACUGAAAAUCAGCGAUCGCACGCCGUCGGCACUGGCCAUAUUGGAGAAUGCCAAUGUGCUGGCUCGCUAUGCCAGUAUCUGCCAGCAGAAUGGGAUCGUGCCUAUUGUGGAGCCUGAGAUCCUGCCUGACGGAGACCAUGACCUCAAACGUUGUCAGUAUGUUACAGAGAAGGUCCUGGCUGCUGUAUACAAGGCCCUGAGUGACCAUCAUGUAUACCUGGAAGGGACUCUGCUCAAGCCCAACAUGGUGACCCCUGGCCAUGCCUGUCCCAUCAAGUAUAGCCCAGAAGAGAUUGCCAUGGCAACUGUCACUGCCUUGCGUCGUACUGUGCCCCCAGCUGUCCCAGGGGUGACUUUCCUGUCUGGGGGUCAGAGUGAAGAGGAGGCUUCUCUCAACCUCAAUGCCAUCAACCGCUGCCCACUUCCCCGGCCCUGGGCCCUCACCUUCUCCUAUGGGCGUGCCCUGCAGGCAUCUGCACUCAAUGCCUGGAGAGGACAAAGGGAUAAUGCUGGGGCUGCUACUGAGGAGUUUAUCAAGCGGGCAGAGAUGAACGGGCUUGCAGCUCAGGGCAGAUAUGAAGGCAGUGGAGAUGGCGGAGCGGCAGCACAGUCCCUCUACGUCGCCAACCAUGCCUACUGAGGCACGCGUAUUCCACCCACAGCCCUUGGCCUAGCAAUGCACACUCCAUUUUGCCUAUAGUCACAGCCAGGGCCAAAUAGCUGUGCAGAACAGAGAUAUCUUUAUCCAGCGCCAAGUCAUCUCACAUCUCACAUGCCUUACAUUGCUGUACCCGAGACCACAGGAUGGGAGGGUAGAGACGCCCUCCCAUGUUUGAGGAUGGGGGGACUUUCUAGAAAUCAGAACAGAACAUGUGGACCUUUCUCCUGUCUCUACCAGCCCUAACAGUUACCCUUGAUGGUAUAGUUUGUCCUUGGGCUCUGCUUGCUAAUCGUCUCUCUUGGAAUCAGGGGGACAUGAACUCCAGCCCUGACUCAUGCUCCUUAUGCUCUGAGUACAUAGCAAAUAAAUGAGAGCAAAACACAGCACACCA